UCCAGCCUUGGGUCGUGAAGCCAGCAGAAGGCACGCGAUGGCUAUGAGAAGCAGGCUGGCAGGGGCGCUGGGCUUGGGCCAUCAGUGUGCGCUAGAGCCGCACUGAGCACACGCGUUCGCUGGGCCGCUGAAUGUCUUCAAGCUGCUGCCGAAGCAGGUGUACAAUUGCUUUGCUUAUGAAACUGAAAUGGCCCUUCAACUAUGCUAGGUCUAUGAUGGGAAGUGUCACAGUUCGGUACUUCUGUUAUGGUUGCCUCUUUACAUCUGCGACCUGGACACUUUUGCUUUUUGUUUAUUUCAACUUCAGUGAAGUGACUCAGCCACUGAAGAAUGUGCCCAUCAAGGGGUCUGGGCCCCACGGACCCUUUCCCAAAAAACUCUACCCCCGUUUUACUCGAGGUCCAAGUCGACUGUUAGAACCGCAUUUCAAAGCAAAUAGAAUCGAUGAGGGGCCAGACACGCAUGCUGAAGAUCCCGAGGGAGGCCUGAGAUCCUCUGCCGAGCUGGGUAUGAUUUUUAAUGAGCGCGAUCAGGAGUUGAGAGACUUGGGCUAUCAGAAACAUGCCUUCAAUAUGCUUAUUAGUAACCGCUUGGGCUACCAUAGAGACGUGCCAGAUACCAGGAAUGCCGCGUGUAAGGAGAAGACUUACCCCGCCGAGCUGCCGGCUGCCAGCGUGGUAAUCUGCUUCUACAACGAGGCCUUCUCCGCCCUGCUGCGCACAGUGCACAGCGUUGUGGCCCGCACGCCAGCACACCUUCUCCAUGAGGUCAUCCUGGUGGACGACAGUAGUGACUUCGAUGAUUUAAAAGGAGAACUUGAUGAAUAUGUCCAAAGAUACCUCCCUGGAAAAAUUAAAAUCAUAAGGAACCCACAGCGAGAGGGUUUGAUUCGAGGAAGGAUGAUCGGAGCAGCCCAUGCUACAGGACAAGUCCUGGUGUUUCUGGACAGCCACUGUGAGGUGAAUGUGAUGUGGCUGCAGCCCCUGCUGGCCAUCAUCCACAAGGACCCCCACACCGUGGUGUGUCCCGUCAUUGACAUUAUCAGCGCCGACACGCUGGCAUACAGCUCGUCCCCGGUGGUGCGCGGUGGGUUCAACUGGGGGCUGCACUUCAAGUGGGAUCUUGUUCCCCUCUCGGAGCUGGGAGGAGUGGAUGGAGCCACAGCGCCAAUAAGGUCGCCCACGAUGGCAGGAGGCCUGUUUGCCAUGAACAGACAGUAUUUCAGUGACCUUGGACAGUAUGACAGUGGCAUGGACAUCUGGGGAGGGGAGAAUCUGGAAAUAUCAUUUCGGAUCUGGAUGUGUGGCGGCAAGCUCUUCAUCAUCCCUUGUUCCAGAGUAGGACACAUUUUUCGGAAAAGGCGACCCUAUGGAUCUCCUGAAGGCCAGGACACCAUGACCCACAACUCCCUUCGGCUGGCCCAUGUCUGGCUGGAUGAAUACAAGGAGCAGUAUUUUUCCUUAAGACCUGACCUGAAGAGCAGAAGCUAUGGGAACAUCAGUGAGCGUGUUGAGCUGAGGAAGAGAUUGGGCUGUCAAUCAUUCAAGUGGUAUUUGGAUAAUAUUUACCCAGAGAUGCAGAUACCUGGGCCCAACGCCAAACCCCAGCAGCCUAUUUUCAUCAACAGAGGGCCCAAGCGGCCCCGAGUCCUUCGACGUGGACGGCUCUUCCACUUCCAGACCAACAAGUGUCUGGUGGCCCAGGGCCGCGCCAGCCAGAAGGGCGGCCUGGUGGUGCUGAAGCCCUGCGACUAUGGGGACCCAACACAGAUCUGGAUUUAUAAUGAGGAACACGAACUGAUUUUAAACAAUCUUCUUUGUCUUGAUAUGUCGGAAACUCGCUCAUCAGACCCACCACGACUCAUGAAGUGCCACGGCUCGGGAGGGUCCCAGCAGUGGACCUUUGGGAAAAACAAUCGUUUGUACCAGGUAUCCGUUGGGCAGUGCCUAAGAGUGGCGGACCAAUUGGGUCAGACAGGCUCUGUCUCCAUGGCGAUCUGCGAUGGCUCCUCCCCUCAGCAGUGGCGCCUAGAAGGCUGAGGUGGACCCUGGUUGGAGUGGAGCCUCAGUUGGCUCCACCAUAUCUGCAAAGAGGAUGGUGCUUUGGGAAGACUUUCUGGUGUGUGCGGUGGAAAGCCAGUGCCUCGACGAAGUAUGCUCGUCCUGGGUGCCAC